GCUUUGUUCUUAAUAGGAAACAGUACGAACUGAUGUCGAGUACUUUAUACUAUUUAUUUGCGAAAAAGUGUACAUUUGCAAGAUAUAUCCCCUCUUCCUAAAGAAUCUGUUACAUCGAAAUGUCAUCAGUGAUUUCGUUCCUGUCGUGGACGGCCACUAUCGCAACAGUUGGAUUUUUCAUCUCAGGCGUGUUGACAUGUCAGAAAAUGGUCCAGAAUGGAAGCACUGAUAAUGUGCCUCUUCUGCCAUUUGUCACAACAUUUCUUAACUGUAUGAUGUGGGCAAGCUAUGGUAUUCUUAAGAAUGAUUCUGCACUAAUUCCAGUCAAUUUAAGUGGAAUGAUGUUACAAGUACUUUACAUUUUGUGUUUCCUUUACUACUGUAAACAGAAGGGAAAGGAACUCAAGAUCAUUGUAUAUGCUGCACUUGUAUCACUGGCACUAUACUUUUACAUAAUGCAAUAUAUUACAGAGGAAACCCAGCGGGUUGCACAUCUUGGAUUUGCAUGCAUCAUCUUUACUGUUACAAUGCAAGCCUCACCAUUAGCAGCAGUGGCUAAAGUUGUAAGGACCAAAAGUACAGAGUCCAUGCAAUUUAUAUUCUCAUUUAUGAUGGUUCUGGUGUCUUUUCUUUGGCUCUGUUAUGGGAUUGCUGUGGAUGACAUCAACAUUAAGGUCCCAAAUGCAAGUGGAGUAAUAUUGGGUCUCAUUCAACUGAGUUUGUUCUGUAUUUAUCCUUCCAAACCUCCUAGACAGCAGUGACUUUGUAAUAAUUUAUUUAUGUUUGUGAAACUGUUGCCUGAAGUCGUCAAUUCUUGUCUUUCAAGUCUAUACGUAAAAUAGGUCAUUUUUUAAGCGUGAAAGACAGCGUGAUGUUUCAGCAGGGAGUCCAAAUACUGAGGGUCAGCGGGUGGGAAUUCUAUAUGACAUCGUGUUAUUUCGCGAUAUUUCGCGUUUCAACUCCGUUGAUUAACAAAAAUAAAGUACGAUGUAUUCUGCCAUUCGUUUUGGUAAAAAUACACAAUCAUCAGUGGUUUUUUGGCAGUUUCCCAAGUGUCUCAAACUUAAAUUACGAAUGAACGACUGUUUUAUUUAUGAUGUCUGGUCAAAGCACGCCUGUGCACUAAGACUAAUUGUUGACCCUGUCGUUUACACAAAACGUUAUUGCUUUCUAAGCAUUUUGAUAACAUUGACUUCGAGAAGGCAUUUGACACACUGAAUUUUGAUUUUUCAAUUAGACCUUGGCAUUAAUUAAACUUUGUUCCUUCUUUCAUACAUAACAUUCGAGCGCUGUUACUAAAGUAUAAAAAUGUAUCAUGUGAAGUUAUGAAUGAUGGAUUUGCUACUGCCGGGGUGCUUUUAUCUAGAAAGAAGCGUCAGACACGGUGACCGCUUUUCUCUGUAUUUAUUUAUUACUGCUGUCGACAUUUUGGCUGUAAAAAGGUAAUGGAGAAUGUAGGUAGUAGUAUUCAGGCUUUUAAAAUCGAGCACGAAAUACUCAAACUAUUUUCAUUUACGGAUGACAUUUUCUAAAAGAUAAAUCUUCCUACACUAGUUUUAAAGCUAAUCACGAGAAAAGAAAAAAAAAUUUUUCGGAAACGGUACUUUAUAGAUUGUAGAUAUUCCAAAACACAAUACUUGCGUCACCAUUAAAAGAUUGGGGGUGUAGUUUUAGCUAUGAUAACAAAGGGAAGCUCUUAUAUUUAGACGAACGUAAAAGGAUAUUAAAAGAUAAAUACAAGGAAAUGGGUUGGACUUUCAUUAGUAGGAAGAAUAGUUAAAACAUUUACUAUCCCUUAAUUAUGUUCUAAAGUGUAACACGAAUGAACCAUAGCCUAGUUUGAAUUACAAUCGUAUGUAGGUAAGCCUCUCUUACUCUGAGUCAGAUUCGACUGUCACACAAGGAGUAAAGGGGAUAUGUUUCUUAAGAAACUGUAAUGCUGCGUCGCUGAGUAAGUUUAACAAGGUAAUUUGAUAUCAACUGAGUUCAUAGCGUAAAUUGGCCAAUGUGAAGAGUUUCAAAGCUGAAUUUUCGAGUGUUAGCUCUUCGUCCUAGCGAAUUGAGGAAUUGUAGGUUUUGUGUGUGUUUAUGUGUAGAAAAUGGAGCUAUCCUAUUGGUGGGAACAUGGUAAAAAGAAAAACAAGAAAAAAAAGAAUAAAUUAGUUGUAUGAAAAGUGUUUGUUGAUACCGUAGUGAUUAAAAGUGCCGAUUAAAAAGCCAAAUUUUGGUCUAGAUUUUUGCGGCUUUCUUAACUACCUGGAUGUAGGGAAAGGUCGCAAACUGCAGUAUGCUGCUCAGAAUGAUUAGGAAAGUUAAAGUGUCAAGCGACUGGUAUGGAUGCGUCCUUGUCAUUCUUUCUACGUCGCGAAAGUAUUCUCGGAAUCGGUCUCCUAGUUGUCUUCCUGUUUCAUCGUGCGCAAAGGGAUAACUACUUUUUCCAUUUCGUCGUAAUUUCGGCUCAUGCUGGUUCUCGUAAGGUAGCUUUCAUGUUCGAGGGUUUCUCAACCCUUCUCCCGAGAUCUCGUUGGUAAUUCUCGUCACUGUCUGCGUUACAAUUCUUAUGAUGUUAGUUCGGAGAAUUUAGUAUUUGAUAAACGAAUAAACCUCUAACAGGUA